GAUGUAGAGAUGGUGGCAGAAUUCUGCGACCGUGUCACAAGGUAUUUAUAUUUGUUUUUUACAACGUAAGAUUUAAUUUUUUUUGCGACUCUGGCUUUUGAUUUUCUAUAUACAAUUACUGACUUGCGUUUAUUAAAUAUUAAAGAGCGACCAUUUUGACACUUGAAAUUCAAAUGAAUGGUGUGUGUCAAUCAAACAGAAAAUAUUUUAAACCAGACUAGUAGAACAUUUCGCCCAUUUCGUCUCAGCAAGAUGACUAAUUAAGGUGGUGACCAAUACCGUUGAAAACGCUCCUAUUAUUCUCCAGGUAGUUUUCCUCGGAGGGGAACCUCGCAUUGUAACGCGAAGACAGAUGUGUGUACAAAUUACAGCAUUCCUUUAUGGGCGAGCGUCGCGGAGACGGGCUAAGUGCGGUCAUGCUGAUCAGCGACAGCAGGCGCAGACUUCUGUCUAGUUUGAAUAAAGUUUAAGAAGCAUGAUGUCAAACAGAACGGGAGCACAAGAACCGGACUACGGUCAACUUCAAUGAGUAGAUGUAAUCAAGGACUUGAAUUUAAGAAGCUUCGCGUUGGGCUCCUUGCUUCCCAUGGGAUUCAUGUAUAUUCUUUUCAGAGAGAAUCCUAAACCAAAAGGGCGUGAUCUUGCUACCGAACGCGAACUUUUUCUUCGUUGAACACCCAGCUCUUGACUGCAGCUUUGUCCAUUCAGCGCGCGUGUUUGUGGUCGGCAGAUUUAUGAAAUCCUGCACGCUACUGCAUUCCUUCCCCCGUCCGUCAUUUGGUUGAUAGGCGGCGAGUUUCGGAUGUAGCCUACUCCUUUGUCCUGGCGUGAUCUCUGGGUUCAUAACUAUGGCCACUUCGGGAGGACAGAAGGUUCAGAAGAGUGACAAGUUGGAUGAGGCGCAGGCGCUGGCGAAGAGCUGUGCUGGGAGACCAGACUUUCUACCGUGCGAUGGACUGUCGAUCUGCGCCACUCACAGCCACGGGAAGUGCUUCAAGCUGCACUGGUGCUGCCACUUGGGCUGGUGUCACUGUAAAUAUGUGUACCAGCCCAUGACCAGCGUGUGCCAGCUGCCCAGCACCCCGGUGCCCACCGCCCCCACCACACACCCACACACCAUGGACCUGUCAAUCUCCCUGACGGAGCGCUUCCUCAGGACCGCCCCCAGCCUCCAGACCCCGCCCUGCCCCGAGUCGCCCAGGUACUGCGUCAUCGCCGACCUCUUCAUCGACGACUACAUCGUCAAGCGCGUCAACGGCAAGAUGUGCUACGUCCAGCGACCCCCGCCCACCCUGCCCCCGGCCCCCCCGCCCCAGGGGCCCUCGCAGCACCCUCCUGGGGGCCAGACUGCAAGGGGGCCCCAGUGCGGGUACAAGCAGGCCCUCCCCAGGGACAAGGCCAGCGGGCCCAAAAUAGACCACUGCACCUCCCCAUCCAGCUCGGAGGACUCCGGGAUCAACGCUCUGGGCCUGCACUACCUGGAGUCGUGCGACGAGGACUCAGAGGAAGAGGAGGAGGAUGAAGAGUUGAGUUCCGACGGGAACUCCAGCCCCAGCAGCCUCUGGGACCAGGACGAGUGCUCGCUGCUGUCCCCGUCCAAGUCCACCGUGGAGAUCAUCGAGAAGAUCGAAACAACGGUUUGAUAUCAGCCCUCCACCCCUCCCCUCCCACUCCCCAUGGUGGGGGAGACUGAUGGAGGACUCCCAUUUCCUUACAGUCCUGUUGAUUUUUGUAUCUAGCAAAC